AAAGCCACCCGUAUAAAACAAAAAAAAAACCACGAAAAAAGGCACUAGUGUUAUUCUUUGCAUUAGAAAAAAUCUCUCCUAACCUCGUAUCAACAAGUCUCGAUCUCGAUCGAUCCGAAACUCAUCGGCUCUCCGCCAUGGCGCCGCCGCCGUCCGAUCCUAUCAACCAAGAAGCUGUUGUAAGAAGGAAGAACAAUGGACCCCCUUUUAAGUUCCUUUUUCCUCUCAUAUAUGCCCCUGUUCUCCCUCUAAUUCGUUUGUCGCUGCGGCAUAAACCUGUGUUGAGAGAUCGUUUGUUUACAGCUGUGUUAGCUGGGGCUGUUGUUCAUGGUGUUUAUUUGGUAACAGAUUUGUAUGAUAUUGAGAGUAAAUGAUUAUGCGGAGCAUGUAUCAGAGGUUAGAUCAGUAUUGUUUACAUCACAAACUCAGGUUUCUCCAUACAUUUUUUGACUUCUGAUUGCUGCUCAACAUCCUGGUAACACCUUAAACAGAUCAAAUUUUACUAUGUAUGAAUAUUUUUUUUCAGUUGGUUUGGAAGAUUAUUGUGACAUGUACUAUUUGAGAAUUGCAUCCUGUUCUGCGGAUUGAGUUCUUAGUAGAAUAAUUACAGAAUUUGGAGCUCUUACUAGAAUAAUUACAGAAUUUGGAAGCUGUUUUUGAUUUCAUCCAUGUGUUAUAAUGCAAGUAAAAUAAUCACAUAUUUUGGUACCU